AUGGCCGAAUGGCAUGAUUCAUCCUGCCGGCGUCUGGACGUCUUCACCAGCGACGGCAUCACCAGCUGCCUCAGCUGUGGCUCCAUGCAACUAGACAGCAAGGCACUCCCCUCGGAGCACGCAGAUGCUGACAAAGAUACCGUCUACCAGCCGCUGGAGUCUACAACAGAUAUUCGACUACUCACUCUGGAGCCUGGGGACUUCAACGACCCGAUCAAAUGCCGUCUAUCCCUCAGCAGCACGGCCAGCAUGAUCGACUACGACGCCAUCUCGUACACGUGGGCGAGCGAGGAUGGCGAGAUGGAGUGGACAGAGCGCCUUACCCUCAACUCACGGGAGUUUCUCGUGACGCCAAAUUGCAUGAUGGCAUUGAGGCGUGUCAGAAGCCGAGGGGCUGAGAAGGUCAUUUGGAUCGAUGCCAUCUGCAUGAAUCAGAAGGACGUUGAAGAAAGGGGCCACCAGGUACGGCUGAUGCCGCAGAUCUACUCCCGGGCACAGCACGUCCUCAUCUACGUUGGAGAACCUACCCCAGAGGAAGAGAGACUGAUUCGAUACCUACGAAACGACCCUAUUCCCGGGACGCCACGGCAGCGAUUGCAGCUAUCAUUGGAAACGCUGCUCAACAAGCGGUACUUCUCGCGGGCCUGGAUCCUCCAAGAAGUUGCGUUGGCUAGAAACGCCAUGUUGAUAUGCGGAAACUUUUCCAUGCCAUGGUCCAUGGUGCAAAUUCCCCGGCUAGCAGCAUUGGGUUUGCUCAUCAAUGUAGGAGAAGAACCCAGGCUGCUAAGCAUGCUUCAAUUGCCGUCAGUUCUGCAGUUCCGCGCGCCAGCUUACCGUGACUCAAGUGAUCUGCUUCAUCUUCUUGACUUGGCACGACACAGUCAUGCAACGGACCCAAGAGAUAAGCUUUUUGCAGUAUUCGGUCUCAUUUCUUGCGGCGACAGCGAUGGCAUUGUAGCAGACUAUACCAAGUCAACCAAGAAGGCAUAUAUGCAAAUGGCGGGAUGGAUCGCUCAAAGAUUCGGGCUGCCCGCCAUGCUUGUGAGGGCUUUCCACCUUGAUCAAUUCUUCAAUGAAGAAAAUGCGGUACGGCAUGCCACAAGCGAAUCAAUUCCCUCUUGGGCACCGAACUGGACGGAGACGCCGGCUCCAUGGUCUUGGCCAGAACUUGCAAAGAUUCAUCAAGCGUGCAGAGUUGGAUUGGCUCCUGCCGGUCUGCCAGUGAGUUUCAACUUGGCUGCCAACUCCUUGAGAUUUCCAAUAUUACGGUUGGGGAGGCUCGGCGACGUCAUCUACGAGUACGGCAGUCAAGCAAGGGCAAGCAACAGUAUCCCACGAGAUGCUUUCCAGCCAUGGACGUUUACGGCGCUUGAAACGUUUAAUGGGAUCAGGAUGUGCAGCCAACAAUUCAUUGACUUUCACUUCAACAAUCCACCCGUCCAAUCUGAGCACCAUCGGCUUGAGGUAUACCUUUUGCCCGAGCCCGACGAGUACAAAGGCUUCUCCUUUGAGCAAGUGGGCAGUGUGUCCGUCUGUGUCGACGCGAUUUCAUGUACGUGGAUUCAUGGUGAUCGUGAAGGGCGGAAAACCAUUGGUCGGUUCAACAGAUACGCACUCUGCGGCGAAGACUUGGGCUACGGCGAUGUUCGAGCACACGGGCUGUUGCACAUGAAUGGGCUCGCUCACGAAGGGGUUUGGAAGUCUGGUCACUUUGAAUACAUCGAUUUGGUUGCCGAUGAUACGGCCCCGUAUCCGGCCCUCAAUCCAGAGUUCAUCCGCUAG